CAAGGCUUCAUAAAUUGUAGAGGUUGACAAAAAGCUACUUAUUGCCAGUACGGGGAUCGAACCACCGACCUUGGAGUUUUAGCAUCACGCUCUAAGCAACAGAGCUAACCGGCCGUGGCGAAGCGGAAAAUGUGACGUAAUCAAAGACUAAAUAAAACCCACGAAACAGAAAGUAAAAUAUAGAAAGAGAAAGCGACUCCUCACUGACGAACUUCAGCUCUUUGCGGGACUUGAACAACGUCCUCUAUCAGUCACAUUUCUAAAUCAAGAUGUCAAUACAGUUCUCUGGAUGGCAGGUGUUCGACGAUGGUGCUUCCUUUUCUGGUGGGGAGCUGCAGCCGUCCCAGAAACCUCGAAACCGGGGCGCUUACUCUAUGUACCACGGGACCAGCAUUGCCAGUGCACGGCUCAUCAUUGCCAAUGGCUUUAAACAGUCAUCAGGUGGCAUGCUGGGAAAGGGCGUGUAUGUCAGUCGUGAUAUAAAUAAGGCAUCUCGUUAUCCUCUGCUAAGUAUCACUACAGACCGUGUGGUCUUUAAGGUGCAAGUGCGUGUUGGCCGAGUUAAGCGCAUUGACAAGGACAACCAUCCCUUGCAGUACACCUGGAAAGCCAAUGGCUACGACAGUGCGUGGGUGCCCCCUAAUUGUGGCUUUGCAGCUGUGCGCAGUGGCCUAGAGGAGGAUUGUGUGUUUGACCCCAAAAGAGUGAAGGUGGAAGGCAUUGCAAAGGCACCAAACACAACCAUAGAGAAAGAACUUAAACUUCUUAUAUCAAAGCAAUCCAACACAUCCAGAGGAGAUGGUGCUGCAGAUUUGUGUUCACUGUGUAAGAGAAAGACCCAGCUGGGUUCUCCACACAUCAAGCAACAGUGCUGGGAGUGUGGGAAAAACAUCUGCAUUCUCAUGGCCAAGCAUUUCUGUCCAGCCAAACCCUGACAGGAGUGAGGGGAAAUAGAUAUAGAUGAAAUAACAAUUCCAAAUUGUUGUUGUCAUAUUUUGGAAACAGGAAUCAUGGUUGUGUAAUCUUUUCCUUCUAUAAAUCAAUAUGUUUAAAUACUGCUGGAAAUGUUUUGGAGAUCUCUGUUAAUGAUCGACCACAUUUCAUUAAUGAAUUGACACUAGUUUAUAGUAAACCAUAGCUCUUUUAGUUUUAAAGUUGUAUAAUCUAUAUGUUAUAGUUUUCUAUUAUCUGAUCAGCAUGCAUUAUAAUCACACGCAACGCAAGAUUACUUUUUCCUGUGCAACAGUGUACGACAGUUCUUUUGUCAAUUGUCAAUGUCAAUUUGGAAAUAUGUGACAGAUGAUUUCACUGAAC